AUGUUCCGCUUCAUGAGGGACGUGGAGCCUGAAGAUCCCAUGUUCCUGAUGGACCCGUUUGCCAUUCACCGUCAGCAUAUGAGCCGUAUGUUGUCAGGUGGCUUUGGAUAUAGCCCCUUCCUCAGCAUCACAGAUGGCAACAUGCCAGGGACUAGGCCUGCCAGCCGCAGGAUGCAGGCUGGGGCUGUCUCCCCCUUCGGGAUGCUAGGAAUGUCUGGUGGCUUCAUGGACAUGUUUGGAAUGAUGAAUGACAUGAUUGGGAACAUGGAACACAUGACAGCUGGAGGCAAUUGCCAGACCUUUUCAUCCUCCACUGUCAUCUCCUACUCCAAUACGGGGGAUGGUGCCCCCAAAGUCUACCAAGAAACAUCAGAGAUGCGCUCAGCACCAGGCGGAAUCCGGGAGACACGAAGGACUGUACGGGACUCGGACAGUGGACUAGAGCAGAUGUCCAUUGGGCAUCACAUCCGAGACAGGGCUCACAUCCUCCAGCGCUCCCGAAACCACCGCACAGGGGACCAGGAAGAGCGGCAGGACUACAUCAACCUGGAUGAGAGUGAGGCCGCAGCAUUUGAUGAUGAAUGGCGGAGGGAGACUUCCCGAUUCCGGCAGCAACGCCCUCUUGAAUUUCGACGCCAUGAGGCUUCAGGGGGUGGGGGACGAAGGGCUGAGGGGCCUCCUCGCUUGGCUAUACAGGGACCUGAGGAUUCCCCCUCCCGACAGUCCCGCCGCUAUGACUGGUGAAGGCUCCAGGCCCUCAGCUUCUCUUGUACAAACUGUGAGACGCUGAGAAACCAUCCCCUGAAAUAACUUUUCCCUCUCCAACUCCUGCCCCCAAUUUAAUAUUAAAUUAAUAGGCAAGCUGGCCCCCACCUCUCCCUGGGGGUCUCAGGGAGAACUUUUCACAGCCCUUUUUGCCUACUUUUCCUUCUUUAAUUCCCUUACCAUGAUGACUCCUUCUCCUCUGUCCACUAACUUGAUUUUUUCAUUUUGCUGCUCCAUCAUCCUCUCACCUCUCCCAUUCUGCCCCUGCCAUACAGUGAAGGAAGGGUGUUUCGGGGUAAGCUCUGGGUCCAGGGGCCUCCUCCAUUCCUCCGCUCUCCUGGGUCUUUGUCCACCUCUUCCUCAGAGCCCCUGCUACAGGGGCCAUAGCCCUCGUCCAGGACUGUGGAGGGAGAGGACUGGUGUAGUUCCCAACUCCUCCCCUUUUCCCCUGCACCCACACACAUCACCAAAAUCUUCCCUACACCCUUCUCUGCCUUUAUUUUUGAUUUGUGCAACUUGUAACUAGGUGUUUACGGAA